AUGGAAGCUUUAAAGGCAAAGGGAAAUGAAUUUUUUAAAGCCGCAAAGUAUAAGGAGGCUAUUGAGUGGUAUACCAAAGCCAUUGCCACGAACCCCAAUGCCGAAGCUGCUGGGAGUCUUUACUCCAAUCGUGCGGCCUGCUGGCAAUGCUUAGGGGAGUACGAUAAGGCCAUGGAGGACUCUGAGCAAUGCAUCAAGAUGCGCCCGGACUGGUUAAAAGGGUACUUUCGCAAGGGUUUGGCUCUGCAGAGCAUGAACCGGCUAGACGAGGCGCAGAAGACGUUUCAAGAGGCCCUAAAAGUGGAGCCGCACAACCAGGAAGUUAUGGAUAAGCUUCAGGCCAUCAACGACUUGCUAAGGAAACGAAAUCAGACGACGAAGCCAGCCUCUUGCAAGACGCUUGAGGAUGCCAAGAAGCUCGGAAACUCACUCUUUUCUGAAGGAAAGUACGACUUGGCAGCGCAGUUCUACACGCGGGCGAUUGAACUGGAGCCGAGGGCGACGAAGGAUAAGGCGGUUUGCUACGCCAAUCGCGCCGCCUGCUAUCAACAAACACAUCUAUACUCUAUGAUGGCGGAGGACUGUAGCGCCGCGAUUGCGAUUGAUUCGCAGAAUGUGAAGGCGUACAUUCGCAGGGCAAUCGCGUAUGAGGGGAUGGAGAAGUGGAAGCUUGCGUUGGAUGACUAUAACACUGCAAAGCAACUGGCGCCAAGCCUUGCGAGCGUUUCGCAAGGCCUUCUUCGCUGCCAGCGAGCCCUUCGGGGAGGAAUGUAA